UCUAGUAAAAUAGAAGAGGGGUGUUGGCGGCAGGGAAAGCGUGGACGCGGUAAGGAGAGAUGGGAGAUGAAAAGGUUAAGAAUGAAGCAAUGGAGAUAAUGGGAUUGUUCCAAGUUCUUCCUCGUCUCGUCGUCUUCGAUCUUGAUUAUACCCUUUGGCCCUUUUAUUGUGAAUGCCGUUCCAAAAAUGAAAAGCCAUCUAUGUAUCCUCAGGCCAAAGGUAUCUUGCAUGCCUUCAAGGACAAAGGAGUGAAUGUUGCUAUUGCCUCAAGAUCACCAACUCCAGAUAUAGCAAACGCCUUCCUUCAAAAACUGGAGAUAAAAUCAAUGUUUGUAGCCCAGGAGAUAUUCUCCAGUUGGACACACAAGACGGAACACUUUCAGAAAAUCAACCGAAAGACUGCGGUGCCCUACAAUGAGAUGCUGUUUUUUGAUGAUGAAAAUCGGAACAUACAGGCGGUUUCAAAAAUGGGUGUCACAAGUAUAUUGGUGGGCAAAGGGGUAAAUUUAGGGGCUUUGAGGCAAGGACUCUCCGAGUUUGUUAAGAAUUCUGCUUCAGUUGAAAAGAACAAAGAACAAUGGCGCAAAUUCUCAAAAGAACCAGGUUCAUCCAAAAGUGAUGCACAGUGACGAUUUAGCAGUCCCCAGCACACAAAGAAAGGUAAUUCUUGGGACAUCAGUUGCACUAGUAGUCAAGAAUAUGGCACAAGUCCCGUAUCGAUUCAUCCUUAUCUGUUCUCAUUAAAGGAUCAUCGUCCAAAUUUUUGGACGUUAUUGUUGUAUGGAUAUUGACACUUUGAACUUGUUCAAUAGGUAGGUUUCCUAUCCUAUGAUGUAAAACACUUUGGAUAGUGGGAAAACGUUUCAUCCACUAUGAUUCAAAAUUUGAAAAGGUUAUUUGUUGGUGAGCUGUUAUUUUC